AUGGAGGACAUAGACAGCUUAUGCUCAGCUUUUCUGUGGAGUGGCUCUCCAAACGACUCUUCUAAAGCAAAGGUCUCAUGGACAGAGGUCUGCAAGCCGUUCAAGGAAGGUGGUUUGGGUAUUAGAAGCAUUGCUGACGUGUCAAAGGUUUUCUCUCUUAAGCUUAUAUGGAGGUUGCUUAGUGAAUCGCACUCGUUGUGGGUUGAUUGGAUGAAAAAGUACAUCUUACGGAAUGAAUCGUUUUGGGACGUAAGAGAUACUGGAUUAGGAUCAUGGGUAUGGAGAAAGCUCCUCAAGUUGCGGCAUCUGGCAAAGGAGUUUGUGCCCAUAGAAGUUCACAAUGGUCAGUCAGCUCGCUUCUGGACAGACUUGUGGCACCCACGAGGCAGACUGAUUGAGAUUGCAGGGGAAACCGAUACUCAAAAACUGGGCAUUGAUCGAGCAGCACUAAUCAGUGAUGUAAGGACUGCUGAUGGAGUUUGGAGAUUUCGGAGAUGCCGGGACAGACAGAUGCGCGAAAUUAUCAAUAUGAUUGAGAAUCAUCAGAUGGAAGUUAAUCACCACGCUCCUGACGUGGUCAUGUGGAGGAAAAAUGAAACCGAGUAUUGCAGACAAUUUUUCACAGCAGAGACAUGGCAAAGAAUUCGGAUUCAUGGUGGUCUCAAGGAGUGGAGUGAAGUUGUGUGGUUCCAAUUCCUCAAGGAGUGGAGUAAAGUUGUGUGGUUCCAAUUGAGAGUGCCGAGGUUUGCGUUUAUUUCUUGGCUGGCGAUAAGGAAUAGGCUCUCCACCGGCGAGCGCACAGGAGCUUGGGGCCAACCACAAGGAUGUCUCUUUUGUGGAGAGCCAAAUGAGACAAGAGAUCACUUGUUUUUUGCGUGCCCCUACACAUACACUCUAUGGCUUGAAGUUGUUGGCACUCUGCUAGGGAGACCACCUGAUCCUGACUGGGAGAGCACUCUUGAACUUCUUACUACCCAUAGCUAUGGGCGACUUGAGUAUCUGUUGGUAAGGCUGGUUUUUCAAACUGCAAUAUAUAUAAUCUGGAGGGAGAGAAACUAUCGGAAGCAUCUGAAGAAGCCAAAGUUGCCGAGUCAAUUGGCUAGGAUUGUGGACAAAACAGUUAGAAACAGAAUCACUUCUACUGGUUAUGCGACGAAGCCUCGGCUGAGAGGGCUCAUGCAAGUCUGA